AGGCCGCCGCUGAGCCCUACGCCGCUGGAGUAGGGGCGUCGCGGUGUGCCCGCUGCCCGUGGAGUGUGUGAGGGGGGGAAGGGAGAGAAGAGGCUUAAAGAGACAACGGCCGCGGGAGGCAGCCCACAAUGGAGCGGCUGGCGGGGGGCCGGGGGGCCGGCCCCCGCCUCUGAGGGGCCCCGAGGAGUUGGGAGCCGAAGGAUCUAAGCUGGCAGGACCCUCUCCACAGAAUGCGCUCUUCACCAAAGAGCGAGCCAAAGCAGGCGAAGAUGAGAAUCCCGGCGGGACCUUCAAGAGCACUAACAUUGCAGUAGCCCGGCGCCUGUGGGUGGCAGUGGCGCCCCCAGCCCCCUCCCCUCCAUCUCAGACCGUGAUGGUGUAUUGACCGAGAAGAGCCCAGCUUUUUUUUUAUUUUUCCUUCCCCUCCCUCCCCUUCAAGUUUCGGUGGCUUUGGGAUUUGUAUGGCAGCGGCGUAACCGUGGAGAGGCCGGGGUAUCACAAACUUAUGGAUUUUGAUAAGAGAGGAGGGAAAGGGGAUACAGAGGAAGGCAAAAGAAUGUCCAAGGCAGGUGGAGGAAGGAGCAGCCAUGGGAGCCGGAGUGCAGGGACUAACUCUGGAGUCUUAAUGGUGGGCCCCAACUUCCGUGUCGGGAAGAAGAUUGGAUGUGGCAAUUUCGGGGAGCUCCGUCUAGGAAAGAAUCUCUACACGAAUGAAUAUGUAGCUAUAAAAUUGGAACCGAUAAAAUCACGAGCCCCACAGCUGCAUCUGGAAUAUCGGUUUUACAAACAGCUUGGAAAUGCAGAAGGAAUUCCUCAGGUUUAUUACUUUGGGCCCUGUGGGAAGUACAACGCCAUGGUGCUGGAGCUGCUGGGACCCAGCCUGGAAGACCUGUUUGACCUGUGCGAUCGGACCUUCACUCUCAAAACCGUCCUGAUGAUAGCGAUACAGUUGAUCACGCGGAUGGAGUAUGUUCACACCAAAAGCCUGAUCUACAGAGACGUCAAGCCGGAGAACUUCCUGGUGGGGCGGCCGGGCAGCAAGCGUCAGCACACCAUCCACAUCAUUGACUUUGGCUUGGCCAAGGAAUACAUUGACCCCGAGACCAAAAAACACAUCCCCUACCGAGAGCACAAGAGCCUGACGGGGACGGCGCGAUACAUGAGCAUCAACACACACCUUGGGAAAGAGCAAAGCCGCAGGGAUGACCUGGAAGCGCUAGGGCACAUGUUCAUGUACUUCCUGCGGGGCAGCCUCCCUUGGCAAGGGCUCAAGGCUGACACGCUGAAGGAGCGGUAUCAGAAGAUCGGAGACACCAAAAGAGCCACCCCUGUCGAAGUCCUGUGUGAAAACUUCCCAGAGGAGAUGGCAACCUACCUGCGCUACGUGCGGCGGCUGGAUUUCUUCGAGAAGCCGGAUUACGACUACCUGCGCAAGCUCUUCACGGACCUGUUCGACCGGAGCGGCUACGUCUUCGACUACGAGUACGACUGGGCCGGGAAGCCAUUACCAACUCCAAUCGGCACAAUCCACAGCGACGUCCAGGUGCAGCCUCCGAACAGAGACAAAGCACAGCCACACACCAAACACCAGCAGUCGCCCGAGGGGAACGAGUUGUGUGAUCCUCAGGCUAGUCAGCAGCCUGCCGAGGAACCUCUAGGAACUCACCUAGCGACCAGCAGGCUUGGGGGUUCUGUGCAGGUGAUGAGUUCCACCAACGGAGAACUGAACACGGACGACCCAACCGCGGGACACUCGAAUGCCCCGAUCACGGCGCCCGCCGAGGUGGAGGUAGCGGAUGAUACAAAGUGCUGCUGUUUCUUCAAGAGGAGGAAGAGAAAAACCAUCCAGCGCCACAAGUGAUCUGCCAGGGACAUAACGGAUCAGUUUGUGCAGUAUCGCCUCUAACUCUGGCUACGGAUGGGUCUAGAUUCCUGAUCAGAUCUGCAAGGCCUUCCCUCCCCCUGAUUUGGAUGGGGGUGGAGGAAGAGCUGUCAUGACUUCGCCGCCUAGCACCACAUGUGUGGAUGGGGAGGGGGGAGGGAAGUUCCCAAACUGCUUUGCUUUUCCUCCACCAGCACCACAUCCACCCAGUGGUCGUUUACCCAGUCAGACUUUGCUGCUGUUCCCAGGCCUGUCUGUCGUGCAGUCCACGGAGAGCAUUAAGCUAUUUAACAAGGAAACCAACCAACCAACCAAACCCAUGACGUGAAUUUCUUUUGAUUCUAUUAACUAGUUUGAAAACGGGGAUCAACUCUACAGACUCAAAAAACGUUGCUGGCGUAGAAGCCGAAGACAAUUUCAAGAGGGGUGGGCUAUGGAGAAUUUUUUUUCCCUGUCGCUUCUUUAUCGCCGAAGUUAAUUUAAGUCUCGGUGCAGAGUGCUGAGUUGUCAGUCUUUGACCUUCCUCUUUUUAGUGUUAUGAAAUUCUGCUUUUCUUUUAAAGAUUGUGUUUUCCCUGUAAGCUCCUCGUCCCCCAUUUGGUUAAAGCUCUUUCCUUGUGGUGGCGAUCAAUCGCUAUGUUAGCCGAGUCUCUGGUACGGUGAUGCGUGGAGGAGGGACUCGUUUACACUUUCGUUUUACGAUGCACUUUUGCUAGCAAUACAAGCGAUGUUUGAUCUUGAAAUUAACAGUUUAGUAAUUAACUGGGGAAAUCAGGUGGGGGGAGGGGAGCCGAAUUUAGGGUCUCAGGAAUGGUUUGGAGCUUAUCAGAACCCUGAAGCCAGGCCCUCUGCCAUUUGAAAUGGGCAAUCUCCCUUGGGGGCACCUGGCCAAGACCAAAGGGAAACUUAAUGUGGAAGAGCAAGGUAGAAAAAGGAUGUCUUAAUGGUCCCUGCAAUGAGCCUUGGGGAGGGGAUUGUUUCCUGGUGCCCAGGACAGCCUGGGCCAUUUUUGGAGCACAGGAUUGCUGAGUCCUGCUUAUUCUCCUGGCAGGAGAGUUCAGUGUCCUCGGUUUAUGUGAAGUUGCUUAACUGGACUCUUUAAAAAAGACUUUCCUGUUGGCCAGGCCCCCAGCCCAGUGAAUCGCCCUGUUGCUGAUAUUCUGACCUCCCGGGAGGAUCAAGAGCCUCCUAAAUGAACCAAACCCAAGCCAGUGCAGUAAGGCAGCUGUGUGCAUGUUCCCUGGGGGGAGGAGGGGGGGCUGCCACUGGUUAAAACACCUUGGGGUUCCACGUCCCACUUGAAAGGAGCAACGUGAAAACGGGCCAGUGUGGAGUUGUAGCUUGCUGGGAAAUAGCAACUCUCAUGAGGCUAGACCCAGCCAGGCCGUUCUGUCUGUCCACUGACAACUCCUUUCUGGAGGGUACCAAGGGGGAAGGGCUGGAGGGAACCUUAUGAAGGUUGAAACUCACCUGGAUUGGCCCACUUGGUUCAUCCUUAGCUGAUCACAUGUGGGUAGUUCCUAAUUGUGAAUUUUCUUUUUUUAAACUAUAUCCCCCCACCCCCAGAUACAACCCUUCUUUAAACAGCCACAAGGGGCACAACAGCCAACCUCAAUUCAGUGUAAAAUGACUGAGAAUGUGUGUCUGGCUGUGCGUAUUUACCAUGGCAACAAAAUUGGACUUGGGGUGGUUGUUUUUUUACAGGGUGGGCGGGUGGGGAAGUAGCAUGUGGGUUUUUUUUUAAUUUUCCAUGUAAUUAUGACACUUGUAAUGUUUGAGCUGUAGGAGCUGGAAGCUGCUCUGAGGUUGUGCAAGAGGAGGAAGUUUGUGUCUGAGACCAUCAAAGCCUUUGUCUGAAAUAAACACUGCCAUUCUUUGCUGGAGCAAAGGGGGAGCGGGUAGGAGGUCCUCAAAUGCCACUUGGGCUUGGUAUGUCCUGCUUUACCCACCUGCAGAGGCCUGCAGAAUGGGGCCCUGUGCUGACUCGCCAGCAAGCUGUGCCAGCUACUCACCUGUAGCCUCCAUCCUGUUGCUGCAGCACAUGGUCUGCUGGGGGUAGGAAUAUAUCCUGCUGCAGGGGAGGUGCCUAGGGCCCACAGGCAGGGGGAGCCUGGCACCUACCGCUCCCAUUCCUGCUGGAAUACAGCAGCUUUGUCACUCUUUGAGCUACAUUCCUUUCAUUUAAAUCAGAGCUGAAUGGUUUAAAAACAGGCUUAAGCUAGGUCAAGUGGCUUCCUCCGCAUCCACCCUGAGUGGGAAGAAUGUCAGUGCCCCUUUAAAAGAUGCUGGGGACUCUGAAUCAGUUGCUGCCUCAUAUUCUUCUGGUCUGCAGUUUUACUUCAACAGCAGUGCCUCUGUCAUGCGCACGAGAACCAAGGUGGUGGGGGACAGCUGCACAGACUAGCUAGGCAAGGAGUGCACAGCCAGCUGCUAGGGAGGGCUUGGUUCUUGACAACUCAAUGAAUUCCACCAAAUCAAGACCUUUGUAGGGUAUUUAGUUUGUGCAAUGUUUGACCUUGUUUCCCAAACAAUGCAAAUAAAACCGCCUUAAAUCUUCACUGGAACUGUACUUCCAGUCCCCACAGGUGUAAAAUAAAAGUAUGUAUGUGA